AUGGCGGACGUAAUAAGGAAUUAUAAGACGGAAGAACUUAUCAACUAUUUGCGGCAAACUACCGAAUCGAUAUGCCAAUUUUUCGCCGCACAGCCCUAUGGCUGUGCGGCUGUGUGGAGGCAGGAAGACUUAAACCUAGGUAAUGACGAUUUAUCAAUUCUGCGUAAAGAAAAUAUAUCUGGUCAUGAUUUUGUCGAGUUAACUAAGGAGAAUUUUUGCAGUUAUGGUCUGAAAGGUGGCCCCGCGACAAGACUUGCAAAAUUUAUCAAAGGUCUCGAGGAAAAGCUAAGAACCUAUUCAUCGUAUAAAACUCUGGAUGACUUGGAAGAAAUGUCACUGUUCGAGGAAAUAGACGAUAAUGACAAAGCAUUCAACCACUGCAUGGAUGAUAUAAUUCUGAAAUUAUCAAACGUAGAGACUAUGACGGACGCCAAUGAAGCAACGAGAUGCGAAUUUAUUUCGGCAAUUCUAAUGCGUCGAUCGAUAUCGCUAAACGAGUUACCACCCAAGUGGUUAGAGGACCUACUUUGUAUUACGGAAGGAAAACCACAUAACAUCAAGAUUGGAAGAAACGGGACAGCGGAUGAGGCAUUUGGUAACGAGUAUUUCGACUACCUCUAUGGGAUCGUAUCUACGGGUAUGUGGAAAAUUUUACUAGAUCAUUACUCAGGUGGGACCUAG